AUAGAUCAACUUAUUCAAGUUAUUACAAUUUAUACUAAUAUGCUGUAGUAGUAGUCACACGUCCUAACCAGGAUUGGGUCCAACAGCAUCAACUGCUUUUCAAACACAGAGAGGCCUUCUGGAAGGGGCUAGUUACUGUGUCCAUUUAAUGCUUGAAUUCUCUCCUCAUGUUGUCACAUAGAAUCAACCAUACAGGUGAUUCUUCUCUAAUCCACGGCACUCCCGGGCUCCGCAGCGCCCCGGCGUCGCUCCUCGCGGCUGUGCAGGCGCUUCCAGGCACCGUCCGGGCCCGCCCCGGUACCCACACACGGCCGCCGGCCGUGCGAGGACUCGCGGCUCGACCUCCCCCGGCGCCGGCGGCCGCUGAGGGGAGCCGAGCUCCCCGUCGAGAUGGGACGAGGGCAGCGGGCCGGCGCGGCGCCCGGCAUGGAGGGCGGCCGGUCCCGGCCGAGCCGACUCGAGCCCGGCUGUCUCCGGGACAACCGCCGUUGGCGGCCGCGGCCGGGCGGACAGGCGGCGCCAUGAGCGAGCAGCCCCCUCCGCGGCCCCUCUACUUCCCCCCCUUCCACGACCGCGCCGAGGCCGGCGCUCCCCCGGCCGAAGGCGGCGGCCCGCGGAAGCUCUUGGCGGCCGUGUGCGGGCCGUGGCAGCCCCCGCCGGCCGCCGUGGCGCCCCGCUGGCCCGCGGGGCUGGCGCCCAUCGCCUACGAGCCGCUGCGCUUCUUCUGCCCCGCGGCGGCGGAGGAGAGCGCGGUCGCGGCGCGGCGGCCCGGGGAGCAGCCGCAGCUGGAGGGCGAGAUCUGCGAGCUGGGCAUCCGCCUCAAGGAGCUGGAGCUGCUGGCGCUCGUCGGCGACGGCUUCGACCCGCAGCAGUAUAAACUUCUGAAGGCGCUGAAAGAAGAAAAGAUAAAAGGCAUGAAAGCAAGGCAGAAACUGAAGAAACAGCCACCAACAUGAUGAAGAUUAUUUGGGCUGGAUGUUCUGUCACUACGGAGUAUUUUAAUGGAUCUUCACUAUAAUUUUUCUACUUAUUACAUGCUAUUCUCUUACUGAAUUAAAAAAAUACAGUAUA